AUGCUUUCUUUCGUCACCAACAUUUUCAAGAAGAAACCAAAAUCAUCAACCGAAACUUCAAACAAUGGAUCGGGUGGUCUUCAAGGUGAAUCCAAAUCAUUUGGUGCUAUUGGAAUUAUUCCUAGUAUGAGUAUUCCUCACAUUGAUGCCUCCUAUCAAAGUCAAGAUACCAAGUUUCGUAAAGAUCAGGCUACUUUCUAUACUGCUAAAUUUAAAGAAAUGAUAAAAGCUAGAAUAGCCUAUCGUAACGAUAAAUCCGAACCAACAUCCUUCUCUCUGUUGGAAGCUUCCCAAGCUGUUUUGUUUAGUUUUGGUGAAACUAGUUCGAUGAGAGGCCUUGGUGAUAAUUGGAUCGCAAUUUCUGAUGCUGAGAAUCCUGCAUAUAUUCGAUCACCAUUCAAGAUUAGUUCAGUCGUUAUGGGCUAUACAGAAGCUAUUGCAAUUACUGAAGAUGGAUUUGCAUUGGGCUGUGGUUCUAAUUCUAAUGGUCAGGUCGGAGUUGAUAGAUCAGAAAGUGAAUUGAAAGAUUUUAAAAUUUUUUCUGAAUUAAUUCCUCACUUUAUUGUUCAAGCAUCUUGUGGAUAUUACUUUACAUUGUUUUUAUCCAAGGAAGGUGAUGUGUACGGCUGUGGAGAUAACUCUCAUGGUCAAUUGAGUGAAGGAUACAAAGGUUUGACACACAAGAUUGAUAUACCUGAAAAGAUCAGAUCCAUUCACGCAGGUUACUAUCAUUCAAUCUUUGUAAGUUUUGAUGGAAAUGCCUACUGUUGUGGGCAAGGUUUUGGAAGAGCUAUCACUAAAAUCACUGGAAUCCCUAAAUUAAUUUCUGCAUCUGGUGGUUAUGACUAUAGUUUUUUCAUUACUGAUCAGGGAGAAGUUUAUGCUUGUGGUGAAUUGGGUCAUAUGCUUUUUGGAUCAGCAAAUGGAAAGCAUACAACAAAAAAGGUUGAAGGAUUUAAUCACAAAGUAGUGACAGCUGACUCUGGUUACUAUCACACCUUAUUUACUACUCAGGAAGGGGUGGUCUACUCAUGCGGAAGAAAUCAAUAUAAUUGUCUCAAUAGAAAAUCCGAGAGUGGUGCUGAGGAUUGUCGUUUAUUUGAACACAAAAAUUUCAAGAAUAUUGUUCAAGUGAGUUGUGGAGGUUAUCACUCAGCAGCUCUUGAUUCUGAAGGUAAAGCUUACUUGUUUGGACACAGUGGAUUCAAUCAAAGUACAAAGGAGGAACAAAAUCAACCAGGAAUUUUGAAAACUCAAACAACUCUAUCAGAAAUGAAUUUAUUCCCAGACUCUAUGAAAAUCAACUCUGGGGGAAAUAUCCAAUUGAAAGCUGUUUGUGUUGCAUGCGGAGGUUGGAAUACUAUGGUUGCUUGCUCACCAUAUCUCCCAAUAUUUACAUCAAAGAGUGAGAAGGAAAUGCUUGCAAAACUGAAAACAUACUUGCAUGAAUCACCAGAAAACCAUCAACUUUUCGAUAUUGACAUUAUCAUUACAAAUCCAGUUAUGUAAUUUACAUAUAAACUCUGAGAGUUUUUUAUUU